GGAGGGAUGUGAAAUGUACGUACAGAUAAACUCAGGUAAAAGUAAUUUGAUACAGGUGAAAAUGAAGAAAGUAAAUGAUUAUAGGAGGAAAUGACAUUUGACUGGGAUGUACAGACUGUGCAUUAUUGUUUGUUUGGUCUGAAGUAAAACAUCAUCUGUUUAUGAUUAUAAGUCUCUGCCUGGUCCAUAAAUGACCAGGGGGCGUACAUUUAGGGCCAUUUGUCAGUUCUACACACCAAGGACUAUUGACAGAAAAGUUGUGUACUGAUACAGACUGGCCUGAACUGUCAAACCAACAUGUUUUUAUAUCAUAGAUAGUCUGCUUGGACCAUCAGUAUUGACAGUCUAUUGGUACAAUCCGUCUGAUCACAAGACUGUGAAAGUCGUGUUUAAUUCUCCCCUGUGUGUAUCCUAUACUGCUGUGUAUUUUAUAUCCUUGUCUUGCACAGACUCUAAUUUCAAUAAUAUACAUGUACGGAAUUUGAGGGGAAGUUUUCUAUGUACAACAGCCACCUAUAUACACGUUUUUGGGAAUCUGAAGGCUGUUAUGAUUGACUGAGGCAGAGACACGAGGUGGAGGAUGAACGAGGCAGCGGAAAUCACUGUUGUAGUUCUCAGCGCUAAGGGCUUACAGAGCAGGAGACAGGGAAAAUGUAAAUUUUCUGUCAUAUUUGGAGUGGGGUCCAAGAAAUACAGAACAGCUGUCGUCAAAGAUCCGGAUGGGAAUCCGGAGUGGAAUGAGGAAUCCACAAUAAAUGUUGCAAACUCCUUGGAUCAGGUGUUCUUCAUUGUGACAGAGAAAGAUGAUGUCCUUGGCCAGGUGAAUGUGCCUGUAACUAGUCUUCAGGGGCCACCCGGACACACCACCAUAGUAUCUCUCCAGCCCCACAAAAAAUGUUCCAACCCCAAAGGGGAGCUCACGUAUCGCUGCCAUGUCUCGCGCUAUAAGGAGGCACACGCCCCCGUCAUCAAAACGGGAAGUCCUAAUAAGUACCAGUCCAACUCGGCCACCCUGAACUUCAAAAAGAGAUUCAGUCUCGCAAAUUCACCAAUCAUCAACCUGAAGAACAGGAGAGACAGCAAACAAAGUGGUGGAUCCAAAUUAUCCACUCUAAACAAAAAGUUUUCAAGGUCAAUUCAAGAUAUUUUUAGUUUUGGGAAAUCCCAUAACGACGAAGAAAAUCAAAAUUCCUUAAAACCAGCAGGAUUUACUCACAUGAGUAUAGGAACUGGCAUGGAUGCAGCUGGACGAUGUCCUGCAAUCACCUCGGUAACGCCGUCAUGUGGGUUAAUCGAGGGAGGUACCAAAGUGACAAUUGAAGGCAAAUACCUUGGCAUGAGUAAAGCGGACAUCUUAGAUCUGACGAUUUGUGAAUGUGAUUGUGUAGAAUCUGUGAUAUGGGAAUCGGCAAAUAGAAUUUACUGUACCACCAAGCCAUCGUUAGCUGGAAUGGGUGAUGUAGUCAUAGAGACAGAGUCGGGGGGUAUCGGUUGCCUUAGGAACUCCUAUGCCUAUGUGGAGGACUUGCCUCCUGAGGAAGAAGGAGUGUUCGAUGAUGAGGAGGUGGAUGGGAGGAGGUCAGCAAGUUUCUCGAUAGGUGGCAGCAACAGUCCUUCACCACCACAGACGCCCAAGAAAACAGUGCAGGUUUUGUUGCCAAGGGCAGAGAGCACGGAAAACAUUAAUGGGGAGGGAAAGAAAAAACUCAACUUUAUGAAGCACAGAAGGCGGGCCAGUGAAGGCUAUAUUCUAUCCACAACAAAGUUAAAAAAUGGACCCCCGAGUCCUGACCCUGGGGCUUCAACGGAACACUUGCUCUAUCAGAUAGAGAAACUUCGAUUAGAAAACAGUGCACUAAAGCAGGAGAACAAGGACAUGAAAUCGUAUAUUGACCGUCUGUUGCCGAAGGUCAUCAUGAACUGUCCGGAGGCCCUGGAGGCCGAACGUUACCUCAACAAGACCGGCUGACCCCUGGGGAUAAAUACAUAUUAGGGUCAACAAUCAGAAUGUAUCCAGAUUUGUGUACACUAGAAACUGUGACUCUGGAGAUAUACAUGUGAAAGAUAGAGCAUUUGUUUGGUAUCCAACAGUGACACAAGGAAAACUGCAGAAAGAAGGAUAACUCUGUUAGUGGGACAAAUUAGGUUCUGAUUUACACAAUUAAGGUCAGAAGAUACUCAAAAAAAUGAGGGGAAAUAAGAUCUAGCAUAACAUAUGUUUUGGGGGAGAUUUUUAUUUUCACAGUGUAAACCAAUCAUAAAUUUAUUCUACAUACAGAGGAGGAAACUGGGGAAUUUGAAUUUUAUCACAUCGCUGCCUUUGAAUUUUAAUACAAAUUUUGAAGAUUCAGCUUUUUAUCAGAAUGCAAGAGUUGAUAUGGGUACAGGGGGAAAUUCAAUACCGACAUGUAGAUUUUAGCAAAACCUGUACAAACUAUUUCACAAAAAUUUACACCAUAUUAAUUCUGAGUAUCCACUGUCGUUAAUACGGAGUCACAAAUCAAAUACAUGUGCUGUUUAUAUAUGUACCAUCAGUGUGUGCUUGUGCUACUUGGGGGGGGGUGUAGUUAUUGGUGUAUUUUAUUAGCUUCUUUAUUUUCAUUUUUUAAUGCACUGUGCUGGCGAGUACUUUGAGAGAAAUUGUGAUGACAUUCUUGUAUGUAUUAAGGGUAAUUGUUAUGUGGUGAGAGAAAUUUGUGAUAUUUUGAUAAUUCGUCUACAUUUUGUGAAAGUGUCAAUGAAAUGAUUCAUUAGAGUUGAAAUGAUCAGCCUUCAACAGGUAAAUCUGUAUCCAUUGUUAUCAUUGUAUAGGUGUAUUUUUAUAUAUUUCUACAAACAAGGUAAUCAGCCUUGUGUUUUUGGAUGGUAUCACAACAUGUGUGUGCAUUUUUUGGACAGACCAGCAUAUAUAGUUAACACUGUCAGUAAAUGAGUAUCUAUAAUCUCAAUGACAACCAACAAACAUGUAUAUGAACCCUCGAUUAAAACCCAAAUUAAUUUUACGUUACGUGUAAAUCCUCGAUGAAGCUAGAUCUGAUUAAUUGUACAUGUGUAUUGAUACCUUAUCUUUGCGUGGUUUAACUGCAGAACUGUAUUUGGACAGACUAGAGAGCUACAGAUCCAUCCCUUACAAAAACCUACAAUUUACAGCACAAAUCGCUUCUGACCAAACAUACCUUCAUAGUAUUCAUGAAAACCCCAUGUGAACCCAAAACUCACAGCUACAAAUACAUGUAAUUUUAUUUGUUGAUGUACAGUAUAACCAUGUUAUCAGGUCUAUCCCAGCUUUUUCCCACAGUGAGCUACAGUUCUGCAGUUAGAUGUGGUUGUGAAAUUUUUUAUAUAGAUCAGUCUUUGUAGAUCUGAUGGCACAGUUAUUUGGGGUCAAGCUCUUUGAGUUUUAAACAUGUGAAGCCAUUUCCCUAUAGCCAGUGGUAAUGUCGCCUGUUGUAGACAAAAGGUAUUUUAUUAGUGCUAUGCAACAAAUAAGAGUACUGCAUUUAAAGAUCUUAUUUUAAAAAUGUGUACCUCUACUAGCAUAUAUCUGUUGUUAAUUUUUUACCAUUUAUUAAUAUCUUUAUGUGAAACAUAUCAUUAUACAGCAUGUGCAUGUAUCUCCAAAGCAUUUUAACUGGUGGUGAACUUGCAUUUGUAUUUAUUUUAAAUUAUAAUUAAUUUAAAUUAAAAAAAAAAAAAAUCAAUUUUUUCUUAAAAGGUUUUACUUUUUAUGAGAUUGAAUUGUUUUUUACUAUUUUUAAAAUAUUGAAUCAUUUUGGACAUUUUUAUUUGGUUUGACAUAAAGUACAAAUUGAGUCUUGUCAAUUUUAAGGGGGAAAAAUUAUCUGUGAUUGAGGUUGUGAACUGUUACCAUGAAUACUAUUACCUGUUGAUGAAAUAAAAAAAAUCUUGUUAUACAAAUAAA